AUGGAUUAAUUUUAAGAAUGUAAUUAAAAAAAAUUAAUAUAGCAAUAAUAUCAAGGACUCUAUUUUCAGUUGUGAAAGCAUGGAAAAUUUAGAAUAGAUUAAAUAUCUUAAUUGGUACGGAUAAUAUGGGUAAAAUAAUUAGAAAAUUGGUUAUUGGAUGGCAAGUUGGAAGGGAGAAGUUCUUAUUAAUGUUGGGGGAUACUACUCUGAAGAUGGUUUAAAAUAAGGGCUAUGGAAAUAAUUAAUUAAUAAUUAUUGGAGGCAAGUUUUAUUUUUUGAGAAUAAUAAAUAGUUAGGCUAAAAUCUAUGAAAUUGGAGUAUACCAUAAUGGUACAAAAAGAGGAAAUUGGAAGUUAAUUUAUGGUUUUUAAGAAAUGUAUCAAAAAUUUAAUUAUAUAUUAAAGUGGUGGUGGAUCAUAUAACAAAUAAGGUUAAAAGAAUGGAAAAUGGAUUGAGCAAAGUGAUGGAUUUUGGAAGUACCUUAUUUAUAAUUUAAUUAUCUUCAUAAUAAGAAAAAGCUAAGUUACUUAUUCUGGCGAAUAUAAUAAUGGCAAAAAGGUUGGCUUAUGGGAAAUCUUUUGUAAUUAGGAGGGUAAAAAUAAGUAAUUACAAUUGAUGUAAGAGUUAUCAACUAAAAGAUAAAUUUACAAAUAGUGGUUGCGGAUAGUAUGCAGAAAAAUAAGGAUAUAAUGAUUUUGGUGGCUCAAUUAAAAUAGGAAAAUGGAUUGAAAUAAGUGAUGAUCUUUGGGAGUAUUUAAUUAAUUAAUGAUAAGCAAAAGUAAUGUCUUUUACAAUGGUAUAUAUAAAAAUGGUUAAAAAAUUGGUAGAUGGGAUAUUUAUGCUAAAUAAAGUGGAGUAUGCAAUGAUUUUGAAUUGAUGUAUCAAAAAAUUGAUAAUAUGUACUUUAAACUAGUGGUGGUGGAUCAUAUCAAGAAGUUGAUUCUGGAAAUUCAAUUAAGAUUGGGAAGUGGAUUGAUUUAGAUGAUGGUUUUUGGGAGUAUUUAACUUAUUUAUUUUUAGUGAGUGUUAUGUGACUU